AUGGUCUUGAAGAGGACGAUUCGAAGAAGCCCCGCAUCAGAUGUUCAUGCUUCUUCAAGUGGAUCGAAACCAGAGUUUCCAGCGGAGCUAGCAACAAGCUCAAACCCCAACGCCGCGCAAAGUGCCCUACCAACGGUGCUGUCUAUAGAACGCCCCGCAGAUAAUAAUGGCGCUUCUGAUCAGUCGCGGAAACCCGGUGACCCAGUCAGCUAUGGCGACGGCGACGAAGACGACGAAGACGACGAAGACGACGAAGACGAAGACGACGAAGACGGUCUCGAUGAGCUCGACGAUCUCCUUGACGAGUUUAAUGCCGGAUCUUCGUCUAAACCGGCAAAUAAUGUGCACGGAGAGACGUCCGCUCAGGGCUCCUCCAUGAACCAACCCUCACUUGAUAGCCUAGACGACGACUUUGCAAAACAGCUGCAACAGGGAAUGGCAGAUCUUUUAAAGGAGAUGGAGGAAUCUCCGGAAUUCCAAGCUCAGUUCGACUCUCUGGUCCAAGAACUAGAUAAAUCGGCUGGCUCAGCUCCAAAUCCACCCGGCAAUGGGAAAGGGGCCAUGUCUACCCCCGGAACAUCGGAAAGGCAACCGCAGAUCGAUGAUGAAGUGGCGCAGGGGGCCUCAUCGUUCCAUGAUACUAUUGCCAAGACUAUGGAAAGGAUGAAGGAGUCUGGGGCAGAAAUAGAUACUGAAAUGGCAGAUUCGCAGUCAGAUGAUUUUCUUGCAGAGAUGCUGCGACAAAUGCAAACGACGACGGGGCGGGGAGGCUCCGAUGAAGACUUUUCAAAAAUGUUAAUGGGAAUGAUGGAGCAACUUACGAACAAGGAGAUACUCUACGAGCCAAUGAAGGAGCUCGAUGAGAAGUUCCCGAACUGGCUUGUGGAAAACGAAGGUAAACAUUCAGCAGAGGAGAUGGACAACUUCAGAGAACAGGCAAGACUUGUGCGGGAGAUUGUUAUGAAGUUUGAGCAGCCUUCCUUUUCUGAUUCCAGCGAAAUAGACCGGGAGUACAUUGUAGAGAGAAUGCAAAAGAUGCAAGCCGUCGGCUCGCCUCCUGCCGAGCUACUUGGAGACAUGGGCCAAGGGGACGGUCUACCGCCUGAUAUUGAAAACUGCCCAGUUCAGUAA